CUCGCCGUUUCAGCGACAGGCAAAGGGAGUUGAGGAAAGGAGUUGGGGUCCAGGUUGGGGAAGUCGGCUGCGGCCACACAGAAAUAGCUCGGGCAGUCAGGUAAUAAUUUCAAGAUGCCAGGGCGUUCCAGUUCCAAUUCAGGUUCAACUGGUUUCAUAUCGUUCAGCGGUGUAGAGUCUGCUCUCUCCUCCUUAAAAAACUUCCAAGCCUGUAUCAGCUCUGGAAUGGACACAGCUUCUAGUGUUGCUUUGGAUCUUGUGGAAACUCAGACUGAAGUGAGUAGUGAAUAUAGUAUGGACAAGGCGAUGAUUGAAUUUGCUAUAAUGGAUCGGCAGCUAAACCAUUAUGUAAAAGCUGUUCAAUCUGCAAUAAAUCAUGUAAAAGAAGAACGUCCAGAAAAAAUACCAGAUUUAAAAUCAUUAGUGGAGAAGAAAUUUUUGGCUUUACAGAACAAGAAUUCUGAUGCAGAUUUUCAAAAUAAUGAAAAAUUUGUACAGUUUAAACAACAGCUGAAAGAACUGAAGAAGCAAUAUGGCCUUCAAGCUGACAGAGAGGCUGAUGGAACAGAAGGAGUGGAUGAAGAUAUGAUUGUGACCCAAAGUCAGACCAACUUCAUCUGCCCCAUUACACAGCUGGAAAUGAAGAAGCCAGUGAAAAAUAAAGUGUGUGGCCACACCUAUGAAGAAGAAGCCAUUGUUCGCAUGAUUGAGUCCAAGCACAAGCGGAAGAAAAAGGCAUGUUGUCCUAAAAUUGGCUGUAGCCACACAGAUAUAAAAAUGUCAGAUCUCAUGCAGGACGAAGCACUCAGAAGGGCAAUCGAGAGCCACAACAAGAAAAAACAUCGUCAAUUCGAGUAGGAAAAAGCCACCUGCCUGCAGGGAAGUCAGCAGCCUACCUCCUACCCCAGCCGCCGGUGAGAGCAGUGCUUAUCCAAGCAGUAAGGACUGGCUGCAUAGCAUACUUCGUUUGGGGUAAACUUCAUGGUUUUAAAAGCGAUCGAAAACAUUUUUCUAAGUUACACAACAAAAAUGCAAGAAAAUUAUUUUGUUUAUUUUUAAACGUUCUAUAAUGUUAAAUAAAACUUUGACUAUCUGCA